AUGUUGUCGAAACGCCUUCUUACCGCUCUUGGAAACACCGUUAAGGUAUGUUUUAUCGAAUUCGCCGUCAAUUUCCACCCGGAACACGGCUUUUAGGCUUGAAAAUUACGAAAAUUAAAAAAUACCGUUCCUUACAGUUUAUCAGCUUUUCCUUAUUUUUCUUCAAGAAUUCAUUGAUUUUUCGCAUUUUCUGGCCUGAAUUAUCGAUUUUCUUACAAUCAAAUGAUAAAAGUGUUGCUUUCAGGUCCAAAAUGCCGGAAUUGCCACCACCGCCCGCGGAAUGGCCGCAUCGGGAUCCGAAGUCUCUAAGAUCCUUGAGGAGAGAAUCCUUGGAACCGAGACCAGCAUCAAUCUCGAGGAGACCGGAAAGGUCCUCUCCAUCGGAGAUGGAAUUGCCCGCGUAUACGGAUUGAAGAACAUCCAGGCCGAGGAAAUGGUCGAGUUCGACUCUGGAAUCAAAGGAAUGGCCAUGAACUUGGACGUCGACAACGUCGGAGUUGUCGUCUUCGGUAACGACAAAGUCAUCAGAGAGGGAGACAUCGUCAAGCGUACCGGAGCCAUCGUCGACGUUCCAGUCGGAGACGGUCUUCUCGGACGCGUCGUUGACGCUCUUGGAAACCCAAUUGACGGAAAGGGACCAAUUAAGUCUGCCAAGAGAUCUCGUGUCGAGGUCAAGGCCCCAGGAAUUAUCCCGCGUUUGUCGGUGCGCGAACCUAUGCUCACUGGAGUCAAGGCCGUCGACUCGCUUGUCCCAAUCGGACGUGGACAGCGUGAAUUGAUCAUUGGUGAUCGUCAGACCGGGUAAGAAGCGAAAAAUGCUCGUUAUCUUUACAAUCCACUUUUCAGAAAGACCGCUAUCGCCAUCGAUACCAUCAUCAACCAGAAGCGAUUCAACGACGCCGGAGACGACAAGAAGAAGCUUUUCUGCAUCUACGUCGCCGUCGGACAGAAGAGAUCGACCGUCGCCCAGAUCGUGAAGCGUCUUACUGAUGCCGGAGCCAUGGACUACACCAUCGUCGUCUCUGCUACCGCUUCCGACGCUGCCCCACUUCAAUUCCUGGCCCCAUACUCUGGAUGCGCCAUGGGAGAGUUCUUCCGUGACAACGGAAAGCACGCGCUCAUCAUCUACGACGAUCUGUCGAAGCAAGCUGUUGCCUACCGUCAGAUGUCCCUCCUUCUCCGUCGUCCGCCAGGUCGUGAGGCUUACCCAGGAGACGUCUUCUACCUCCACUCUCGUCUUCUCGAGCGUGCCGCCAAGAUGAACAACACUCUUGGAGGAGGAUCCCUCACUGCUCUUCCAGUCAUUGAGACCCAGGCCGGAGAUGUGUCCGCUUACAUUCCAACCAACGUCAUUUCCAUCACUGACGGACAAAUCUUCCUCGAGACUGAGCUCUUCUACAAGGGAGUCCGACCAGCCAUCAACGUCGGUCUGUCCGUGUCCCGUGUCGGAUCUGCUGCCCAGACCAAGGCCAUGAAGCAAGUCGCCGGAUCGAUGAAGCUCGAGUUGGCUCAGUACCGUGAGGUCGCCGCGUUCGCUCAGUUCGGAUCUGAUCUCGAUGCUGCCACCCAGCAGCUUCUCAACAGAGGAGUCCGUCUUACCGAGCUCCUGAAGCAGGGACAGUACGUGCCAAUGGGAAUUGAGGAGCAGGUAGGCAGUUGAUCACCCGCGGCACUCUGAACAUUUGUCAAUAUUUACAGGUCGGAGUCAUCUACGCCGGAGUUAAGGGACAUCUUGACAAGCUUGACCCCUCUGCCAUCACCAAGUUCGAGAAGGAAUUCUUGGCUCAUCUCCGUUCCUCCCAGACCGCUCUCCUCAAAACCAUCCGCGACGAAGGACAAAUCUCUCCACAAACCGAUGCUCAGCUUAAGGAAGUCGUGACCAACUUCUUGGCUACCUUCAAGCCAUAG